GAGAUGUUAGUUGUAGAUUGUAGUUAGAGGCACAAUAAAUGCAAGCACGUUGUGAUCAACACAUCUAACUGGAAUCUAAGGACAAUGCAAUUAACACUUGCACCUGCAUCUGCCUCAAGAGAAACCCAAUCACAAAGGGCAAAACAGAGAAAACAUGUCAAAAAUACAGAAAUGAGAGCAUCAGCAGCACGUGUGGUGCGAAUCCUAUCUCCCAAUAAAGUCCCCCCUCUUCUUGCUCUUAUCUCCCUUCCCCUAUCUAUCUAUCUAUCAAUCUUGUUCUUGUUCUCACGUUCUCAGAUUUAGAGUACCUUCUUUCUUUCCGUCUCUCUACCAAGUGAAGAUGAUGAAUAGCUGCAGGUACCAACAGAGCUACGAGGACAUGACUAUGGGAAUGGGAGGAUCACUGCUUUGCCCUAAACCUCGUCGAUUGCCUCUCUUCACCUGCCCCUCCCCCACCAGCUACCAUUCACCUGCUCGAGCUGACCUUCUGGACAUCAUCCUCCCCAAGGGAGGCUGCUACCCAGAAAGAACCGGGGAUCUGGUGGAAGUGGCGGCGGCGUCGCCACCGUUUUUCUGCGGAUCUCCACCAAGCAGGGCCUCGAACCCUGUAAUACAGGAUGAACAAUUUGGUAAUAAUGGGAAUUUUAGUCCAUUUACCAUGCCAUCCUCUUCUCCAUCAUCUUCAUCGGCGCCGAGAAGCUGUGGUCCCAUGAAAUUUGGCCACGCGCCGGCUGCCGUCAGGAUUGUAGGUUUUGAGUCUCUUAGCAGAGAUAGGAGCAACUGCAGCAUCUCUGCGGUAGCGUAAACCAUUUUUGAAAGGUAAAGAACAAAAAAGGAGAAAAAGGGUGAUUCCAAUAGUCUAAUAACCAGGAAGCAGAGAAAAGGUAGAGGAUUUUAAAUCAACCAAGUUGAAAUUAGCAGAGGAGAUUCUUUUUGUUUGUUU